GAUGCCAUCGUAGCCGUAGUCUCGUCGCUUUUGCCGCCAGUAGAGCAGUCGAUUUUCGCACGGAGCACGACAGUCGAAAUAAACUUGAAAGAAGCAUUCAACAGCAGAAGAGUGCCAGUCGAGAGAAAUUAAUUUUGUACCUUUACUCAAAAUCAAACAACACACAAUCGCGACCAGUCCUCGAUAUUUGACCAGCUGUGAAGCAUUUAAACGAAACGAACCUUUUGAUACACGAAAAACCCGAACGGAAAACCCUCCGGAAAAUCACUUGCAACCUUUUCUAGUCGUUUUCUUACCCAACACAGGCGCAAAAGCUAAUACAAAAUGUUUGCUUUGUGGUAUUUAACUUUUGCUGUCGACGAAAUACGCAAACGUUUAGCUUGGUUAUUUAGUUCUAACAAGCCCGCAGCGCCAGCGCUCGACAACAAGCCAGCGAAUCCAGCUCCCGCCAAGGAAUCCGCACCAGCUCCUGCACCUGCACCUGCUCCAGCUCCAAAGCCUGCUGUAGUACCUGCUCCAAAACCAGAACCUCCGAAGCCAGCGCCAGUGGUAGCCAAGCCCACGCCGGUUCCAGUUCCUGCCACAGCUCCCGCUGCUCCGAAGGAAGAACCCGCUCCAAAGCCCAAACCUGAACCUGUGCCCGCACCCGUAGUUGCCCCGCCCAAACCAACUCCUCCACCAGCCAAGCCGAGCAGUCCGCCCAAACAAGCCGACAAGAUGCCUAUUCCAUUGCCAAAAUCCUUGACAGAGGCCAAUACCAAUGGCCAAAAUGGCAAUGCAGCCAAUGGCGGAAAUGUGGAUGAGCGGGCCUUCGCUGGCCAGCAGGCCGAGAAGGUGCUCCCAGCGGCCAAGGAGGCCAGCAAUGACUUCAUCAAGGGCGAGACCAAUGCCUUCAUCCAGUCGAUUAAGGAGGCUCAACAGCUGGGCGAGCGGUAAGCUUUAAA